AAAGACUGAAUCUACCUUCUCUUGUUAUAACCCAACAUCGGGACCGGUUAUUUGAAGAGAUCAAACUACACUCGUCACAUAUUUCAUUCUUUUGUACACACAACAUCAGCCAUGGUGGAUGAUAAAUAUAUUGGUUUGGCGCUCGCCAUGUCCUCUUCAUUGGCCAUAGGUGUUUCGUUUAUUGUCACGAAAAAGGGUCUUUUAGAUGCCUCCCACAGAAGUGGAAACAGUAACGCCGAUGGACACGAGUACCUUGGUAAUCCUAUCUGGUGGGCGGGUAUGGUAACGAUGGCCAUAGGAGAAAUCGCCAACUUUGCUGCAUAUACGUUUGCUCCUCCGAUUUUGGUGACUCCUUUAGGUGCCUUAUCAGUUAUUAUUGGUGCUGUGUUGGCAGCCAUCUUCUUGAAGGAAGAGUUGGGAACCCUCGGAAAGAUGGGCUGUGCCAUCUGCUUGUUGGGGUCCGUUAUUAUAGUGUUACACGCUCCACCAGAUAAAGAGAUCGAAACUGUUGAUGAAAUCUUGGGCUAUGCCUUCAAGCCUGGAUUCUUGUUUUACUGCUUCUUGGUGACGGUUUACUCGUUGUUCACCAUCUACAAGAUUGUACCAAAGUAUGGCCAUACCAACCCAAUGAUCUACAUUUCGAUCUGCUCUUCGGUUGGUAGCAUCUCGGUGAUGUCCAUUAAAGCGUUUGGAAUUGCCUUGAAAUUGACUUUCAGAGGAAACAACCAGUUCACCCACUUGUCCACAUACUUCUUUGUGCUUGUGGUGGGUGUAUGUAUCGUGACCCAAAUGAACUACUUCAACAAGGCCUUGGACCAGUUCGACACUUCGAUUGUGAACCCGUUGUACUAUGUCACGUUCACGACGUGCACGUUGGUAGCUUCGUUCAUUCUCUUCAGAGGAUUCAACACUACGUCGGCUGUCAACAUCAUCUCAUUAUUGAUCGGGUUCUUGAUCAUCUUCUCUGGGGUGUACUUGUUGAACAUCUCAAGAAAAGAGAACGAAGACAGAACCAGAGAAAUCUUCGGAGUUCACACCGGUAAAGACAUUGGCCCAAUGGAUGGAGGUGUCACUGGGUUCCAGUCGUUGAGGAGAUCCAUGCAAGUCUCGAGAGGAGACUACGAUGAAGAAACAGUAGGGUUAAGAAGAUUCGAUAGCUUUGAAUUGGAAAGUGAUGAAGACGCUACCACCAUUCAAGCCACGCAUAGAAACUAAACACAGCCGUGAAUGGCCCUGGCUCGUGUACUAUAUCAAGGUUUUAACAUAAAUAUAUAUUUCGUUGUUUAAAAUACACUCUUCGACAGAAGAAAACCC